AACGAGGUCUUUGCUGCCCAUUUUGUCGUGUCAGAUCGAUUAGCGGUGAGCUACGAGUAAGGGUGUCUAAGGUUGUCUGAACGGGUAGUGAUAAAGGUGGGGAAGAAGGAGCUUCCUCCUCCUCGUCGUCAUCUCGUCCGGCUUUGUGUCCUUUCUUUCUGCCUUGGAUGACGGCCCGACCUCGCCUCGGUCCUCUCCCCCGCGCCCUGCUUGAUGUCGCAUUUUGCUUGCUCCCUUGGCGUGGCACCCUUCGGCGACUUCGUCAUUCUUGGGUCGUGCAGAUGUCGUGCAGGCCUCUGCUCUUGGGCCUCUUCCGGCCGCAUCGAGCCGCCUGCUCGGUGGAAAAGAUUGCCGUUGAGGAAGAGGUGGGGGGCUCCACUCCACGCCGUGGUCCCGCCAGUCUCGCAGGUUCGACGACAGGUCAGGAUCAGUCGUACGGACGAGUGGCAGCAGUGGAGCGACAAAGAAAGAGCAGCUUGGCGUGCGAGACGAUGUUCCUUGUCCUGAAAGUUCAUUUCCACUGCGGGGCCCAGCGCUUUCUCAGCGUUGCGGGGGCCCACGCUCAGGCUCAAGCGGUCAUCUGAUCGGUGGCUCAACAUGGAUUGAUGGUAUGUGCUCAGGAGUGGUGACUACGGUAUGCUCUAUACAAUAUGCGAUGUCCCUGCAGCUCCGACUCAAGCGGAGGGCUGCGGCGCCAUCCCCGGGUCUACGACCUUCCAAUCCCCAUCCUCAACAGCGUCAUCCUCCUCUAGGUCUCUCUCCAUCUCCCUCCCCGCCUCCGCAGCAGCAGCCGACGAUGACGAAGCUGCCUCACUCCC